CCAGCCCGGCGAGGCAGGAGGAUGCAGACAAAGGCUCCGUCUCCCUCGCUCGCCCUCCGGCGCUGAGAGCCCAGAGCGCGGCGGGACCGCCCCGGCCCCGAGCCCCGGCCCCGGCCCACCCCCAGCGCCUGCUGCCAGAGCCAGCCCCGGAGCCGCGAUGGCGGAGUACUGCAGCCUGCUGGAGGAGCUGGCGGAGAACAUCACCAACGAGGACCUGGACCAGCUGAAGUCGGCCUGCAAGGAGGACAUCCCUAGUGAGAAGCACGAGGCGAUCACCACGAGCAAAGACUGGUUCAGCUUCCUGGAGGAGCACAACAAGCUGGACAAAGACAACCUCUCGUACAUCGAGCACAUCUUUGAGAUCUCGCGGCGCCCGGACCUGCUGACGGUGGUGGUGGAGUACCGCACCCAGGUGCUGAAGAUCUCCGAGGAGGACGAGGUGGACACCAAGCUCACCCGCAUUCCCAGCGCCAAGAAGUACAAAGACAUCAUCCGGCAGCCCUCGGAAGAAGAGAUCAUCAAACUGGCCCCCCCACCCAAGAAAGCCUGAGUGGGGGGGGGAGGAGGAAGAAGGGGUUGGCUGCCAGGCCCACCACUUUACCCCCUACCCCCGCUCCACCACCGUCAUCCCCUCCUCCACCCCACCAGCCCCGCUCGCCCCUCCUCCCCCGCCACUCC